AUGACUGAAUACUUGGGCCCUGUCGGAUCUCUUACCAGUGUCACAUACCACGUAAUUAAACUCCUUAUCGAAUGCAAGCAAGCUAGUGACCAAGUCCGUCGGAGCCUGGAGCUAGUUCGUACCUGCGAUCGUGACCUCCAGCACCUGAUCAGCUUGCGCGAAGAGAAUCUGGACAUAUUGGAACGGAAACCGAUUGAACUUGUCAGAGUCAACUCUAUCAUCGAAGAUGCGCAUAAUGGAUUUCUUGAGGUGGGCAGGAUCGUUGAAAAAUGCAGACCAGAAGCGCAAAAGAAAGGGUUACCCUUCUAUCGUCGUGGUGUGUGGGUUAUGUUCGAUGCAGAAGAAUUCAACAGUCAGGUCCCCGUUGUCAACAGCCACCACCGGUCAGUGUUGACCGAGAUUCAAUUUCUACGUCUUAUCGGCCUUCAUGCACCGCCGCCAAUCCAGACAAAUGAAAUAAAAACGGAAGCCAAAGUUGUCCAGAAGAGGCGAGUCGACAUUGUGAACCCCAACCUACUGAGUAGCCUCAUAGGAGUGAGAUCAGUCGCGACAACUCCUAUACCACUACCGCAAGCCAAUACAGUUGACUGUCUCCCAUACCCUUGCGACUCAGACCUAAUGCCGCCACUACCUCCUUCUUAUAGCGAUGCCAAUUUCAUUGCAACCUCAUCUGCAAGGCAUAUUAAUAUUCUCGAUAUCCAGGAAAGAUGGAGCCCUUACUCAACUUAG